UCACUGCGGGCUCGCCUGAAUUGAGGGAACCAAGUAAGCAUUCGCAGCGCCGACUUUCUCCAGGUAGACCAUGCGUUGCUCACCAGUGUAAGCGUACUCAAUCUCGCCGCACAUGCAAGAUCCGGAUGCCAUGAUUGCAGAUAGAUGGAUGGAUUUUGAAUGACAAGUAAAGUAUGAGAAGACGGCGAAAUCACUCAAGUCUGAAGAUGUUGCGGGAAAUGCAAAAGAAAAGAAAAGGUGCCGGCGCGGCAGCAGAAAUACCUUAUGUACGCGCCCCCCUCCCUCGAAAGGUCGGCGAGAUGGCACGUAACAAAUGGAGCGCAAGCUUUGCUGCUACCCCUCACUCUCACCACGGGGUCGCGGUCGGUAGCGGGCAAAGGUCGCACAGUAGCGUUUCGCCGCCGCCCUGCUCGGAAGGGCGGAUGUCCGUUCACGCGGGCCCAAUGACAAAGCCAGAAGCGCGGGCUGGACGAAAGGAGCAGGAUGCGGCUAAGGUUUGGAAGCACUGUGCACGCUUCUGAGGGUGUGGGAAAAGGAUAGGAAUGAAGGAGAUGGUGCAGAAGGGUGGAAUGGAGUGAAGAGAAGGGAAGAAGGUCGACGGCGAAGGUGCGAGUCGUCCUUACUCACCGUCGAUGUCGUCAGUUGCUCUUGACCAAUCAUUGGUGGAUAUUUACCAUCAAGGUCGAGUCACG